UUUACAUGAAUCGGUUAUCCCUAGUUUGAAGUAAACAGUAUGGAUAUUUCCCAGUAGAUUAUUUUAAUAAAAUAUGGUUAAAAUCAUUCAAAUAAAUACAGUUUUAUGAGUGUUAUGGAUUAAGGAUUAAACAUGUGGCCUAUACUUCUUAAUAUGACACGCGACGAAUGUCGACGGACGCUUAGAAGACUCGAAUUAGAAGCCUACUCGAAUAUGAUGACUGUGUUCAGAGCACAAGGGGAAUUAGAAGACAACAGAAAAAAGUUGCUCGAGGAACUACGCGCCGUUUUACAUAUAAGCAGCGAUCGCCACAAUGCUGAAGCGCGUCGCGUCUCUAAUGACGAGCUCUUAGCUACCAUUGCAGAACAGUUGGCUGGUCCUAACACAGCUCUAGGAUGGAUCAGCGAGGGGCGCCGGCGCGUGCCGCUCAUGCCGCGUGGCGUCGCGCAGACCAUGUACACGGAGCUGGCGGAUAGAGCCGCCGAGACAGCGGCCGCCGAUAACAAAGAAAUCAAAAAUAGAAUUGAGAGUGAAAAGCUAAUCGCUCCAAAGACUAAUGAAGAAGAAAUGCUGGAUGCCGAGGGCCAAACUGCUGAGGCUGCUCUCCAUACAAAUGAAGUUAUGGAUGAAAUGUUGUAUACCCCUGUAGCCAUGGAAGAUCACACUACAAAAAUUUGGGAAACAGAGUUGAUUUGCCGCAAACGAAAAUUACCUGAAAGUGGAGCUAUACCAGACGAAGCACCACCACCACCAAUCAAAAAUAUGAGAAACAUACCUGUUAACACUAAUCAAAAGCAUCUCAAUCUAUCACAAGUGUAUUCACGCUUCUCUCAGCCGGCAGCGAGUAAGGCGACCGGACACUCAAAACAUUCUUACAAUCAAGUGAGUAAAGUUUCAACUAGUAAAUCGAGUCAGCCGCACGCACCGCGUGCCGCACCCAAGCCGCGCGCGCAAAAACAGAGCGCCCGAGCCGCGUCUAAAGCACAAAAGAAAAAGCAAGAGCCGCCGCCAUCGCCCGACAAGCAGUAUCCCGGGUCCGGGCAGCUCGACUACUCGGGCCCACCCGGCUCCUUCCAGGCCAGCUACGCGCAGUCAAUACUGGGCGGCAAGACGACGGCCGACUACAGCGACGACAUGAUCCCCAAACCUUCGCCCGGCGUGGCGGCCGAGGCCCCGCCCGACGCGCAGGCCGCGCCCGCCGCCAAGCAGCUCGUCGCCAGAAAGCCUUGCCACCUUAUUAUCAAAAAGCGUGGUGACGUCGCAGCUGAUAAAAAAGUACAUAUGUCCGAUUUCAAAGUCAUACAGAAGCCUUCGGACGAAAUAAAACUCGUGACGAGUCGACCUUCCGUCGCAUCUGCGAGCCCGAUGCUGCGACCGGCCGGCCCGCCUGGCAAAAUGGUAACCACCAAAGUCAUCGGCUCCCUACCGAAACCUCGUACUUCCGUUCUGCCGCCGGAGAAAAUGAUCGUCGUAUCUAAAGCGUCGAUAGAAAACAGGUUGCCGAAUUCAAAAAUUGUAAUCGCUUCCUCGGCGAUAACCACACCGAGCAGAGACAGCCCGCAGAUAGUUACGAGUGGCGCAUCCAGUCGAAGCAUUCAAACGUCGGAAGCCCUGACCCCGAAAGGUAUACCGGCGACCGACCUUAAAGUAUCUGCGAAGACUUUCGUUUUGAAUCCGAAAUCGGGCCAAAAGAUGGUAGUGGUGCCGGCAAAAGCCAAUAAAGAGGGCCAGCUCCCGCUCUUUCACUUCAAAGGAAUACCCACUGGUGUGAAAUUGGUAACUGUUAGCUCACAACUCAAUACUCAAGUCACAAAGCCGACGGGUAUAACUGGUGUAUCGAAACCGACUAUCGUGAACGCGAUGCCUUCAAAUGCAAAGAUUGUCGGAGUGGAACCUAUAAAAACAGCUAAUAUGGCGGAUAUCGUACCCGUGAAAGGUCUACCGACGGUCUCUUCUCCUAAAAUCACUAACCCUAUAGUGAGGCCUAUGAACGCGAAAGGUAACCUUAUAGUCGUACAGAAAGGCGCUACGCUGAGUAAGACGCUUACGUUCGCUAAAAAUGGUAGUGACGUUUCUAAAAUAAUUAUGGGCAAAAAUGUGAAUAAGCUGUUACAAACGUCGAAACCAGAUCAAGUAGACGGGUGCAAGGCGGGAAAUGUCAUAGUUUUAGAGCUCAAUAACGAGCAGACUGCCCGAACCACAACCAUGUCCGAGAUAUUGGAGAGCAGAAACACUAACGCGCCGUGUGUCGCCGAGCAAGAUACAUCUUGUGCCGCGCGACGGAUAACACAGGACACGCCGGUACUGUUCGAGGCACAGAUAACUCCCGACACUUGCAACACCAGUAGCUUAGAUUCCAGCACGAGUUUGCGAGAAAUAGAGCAUCUAGAAGAAUCUAGUUUAAGCUUAAUGGACAAAAAUGUUAAGGAUAAAUCUAGCUUUAGUAAAAGCGUCGAAAUAAAAGAUACGUCGAGCGUCACCGAUUGGGAGCUCGACUUGGAAACGUCCGGGAAAAGUAAAGAAGUUGAUAAAUUAAACUCAUUACAUUUAGAUCUCGGCAUGUCGAGCGAUAGUGAAAAUGAAUACAUCGUCGAUAGCCAUGAGACGAAGAUCCAGCACUUGCCUGCUCAGAGGAUACAGACUGCUACACCCCCUGUAGAUAACCUGGACAGAUAUAGCAAUUCAAGUGCUCUAGCUCGAACCACGAGGACACUUCUCAGUCAGCUACAAGACGACGGCUCGUCCAGUAACGAUUCGUCGUUUGCCAUCAAAGCAAAAUGUACUAAAGUAAAGGAUAGCGAGAUAAAAUUGGACAAAUCGGAGUCGGAAGCGCUGUCCAAGGCCCGAGCGAAGUUGUCGGAGAAAGUGGCGGAGGCGCGGUCGCAACAGAAGCGGAUAGACGUGUACAGCACGGCGAUCACGACGUCCGACAUCAAUCUGGACUCGUUCGCGUAUCUCGACGAGAGUCUGAUGGCGGGCGACGACGAGUUUGCCGCGGACGGCAAGCGCGAGGCGCGGGCGGCGGACGUGUUGGACGACCAGCUGAGUCGACUGCUGGGCGAGGACUCGGCCAACUCCGCAGACUCGCAACCCGUAAGUGAAACUUUGCCUUUACACAAAAAUGAGCAAUAACCUAGUUGUAUGGCGUAUGGGUAAAAUAUUUCUUUAAAAUGUAACAGUAACUUGUGUUGGACUGCCGCAGUUAGUAGACUUUUUCAAAUGAUCAGUGACUAAUAUGAGUUUAUUGAUGGACAAAUUGUUCAAGGUCACGCAUCAAUGCGGUUUGUAAAAAUGUGAUUUUUUGUAUAUUAUUGAAAAUAUAUUUUUUUAAUGAAAAAUGACCAGGAAAAUGAGGCUAGAAAGUUAAAAAUCGAUGAUUUGGAAAAUAUACUCCUAUUUUUUAAAGCGCAGCUUUUUUAAUAUUAUAUUUUGGAUGUGGUUUAAAUUGUUCGUGUUCAACAUACUGUGUUCGUGUUAACCUUACGUUUUGGUCGGUCGGUUAACCGUAAUCGUCAAACAUAAUUUAUAAAGUUAUCAAAAAUAUACUAAUACACCGAGCUCUAACAUUUGAGAAGAAAUAAAUAAUUUUCAAUUAUUUUAAUACUAAAUGUAGUUGACGUGGUAUUUUAAAAAAAUGCAUUUUCGUCAAUGAUACAGACAACAUUAUUAUAAUACGAGAAUUCUGUACUGGGCACCAGUUGUCACCUGGAAUGUCGAAGCAUAUCAAAAAUCUUUUUAGUGUCCGACCAAAGGUCGAUUACAGGUUGAGUCCGAAUGGCUAUCGCUACAACCUUCGAUCAAAGCCGAAGGCUUCGUAACGAAAUUCAGUCUAAAAGUGAAUAAAGUUUUUUUUGAUUUAUGCUGACUGCAGUUGUCUUUGAACUUGUCAUAAAUAAUAAGACUUCGUAAUAAUUUUCUAUUCUAUUACACUCUCGCGCAUUCGCAACUGUUCGUACAAUAUAUCGGCGUUUGCUAGAACCACUAGAAUCCUUCGACUUCGGCCAAAACUUCUGGCCAUUUUAUCCGAAGCUGUAGGUUUGGCCGAAGGUGGCCGAAGCCAAAGCCGAAAAUUCGGUCGGACACCGUUUACCUAUUUUUUAAACAGUUCAAGUAACCUAAUAUUCAACAAGUAGGUACGUACAUUAUACAGUUUUGUUAAUCAAGAAAGAAAAGAACUAUUAUGAUAAUUAUGUAUUUGCUCAAUUUACAUAAUUUUAUAUGUGUAAUAUAUUUUCGUAUUAAUGAAAUUAAGUUGUAAUUUUUACACUAUGUAAAAUAUACAAUAUGUAUAUUUAUAAUUUUUAUAACAUUAUCAUUAGCAAUGUGUAUAAAACUAUUGGCCAAUGAAGGAUAAUUUAGAAUGCUUAUUGGUUUAUUUUGAAACCAAACUUUUGGUUUAACUGCACUGGUGCACUUUCAACUUAUGUUAGAGGCAUAAAGUCUAGUUCGAACUGUUUAGUAUUUUAGUCGAAGGUGAGCAAUUAUUAAUUUAGUAGCUAAAAUACUCACCACUCGACAAAAAUCGUUCGCACUUUGUUUUGUGGUGUUGUACAGCGUCAUUUUACGCGGGAAAAAAAUAUCACAGCUCCACGGUCCGGCUAUCAUGGCUCUUCAUUCUUCUUCGAAAGAAUAAUCAGACUUAAAUACUCAGUACUUGAGCGCGAUCGAGCUUCGCUCAGACACACAUUCAUAUGAAUUUCAAAAGUUAAAUAUUUAUCUGAAUACUAAAUGUCAUCCAUAUGACAUAUCUUUAGAGCCGUUUCUGAAAAACCAAUUAAAUAUAAUAUUAUUUAUAUGCUUAAACAGCACAGUAUAUUUUUGGGGGAGCUACCCGUGCACUCAGCGGCUUCUACCGGUGAGAGUAGCCAGUGGGUGCAAGGGAAAUUCGUAUAAUAACCUGUUCAAUUCUGCAUUAGGGUUGGAAUUAAAUUUAAUUACAAAGUACCAGUACAAAAGAUUGUACUGGUACUUUGUACAGUAUGUCAAAACAAAUCGGGGCUAAAAUAUAUAAACUUUUUUUAAAUAAAUUAAUAUAAUAAGUUAUUAUAACCUAAUCUCCUUAAUAAAAUUAAUUUCCUUUUUGGUACUAUGGAAUUCAACCACAAUUGAACAUUGUUUUACCUGAGACAGAAAAAUCGUUAUAAAAUACAAUUUUAUUAUUAUUGAUGAAAAAAUAUAGUGUGCAAAUAUAGUUUUAUUAAUUUAUGCUUAAUUAAUAAGUGUUGUGACUAUAUUAUAGAUUUUCAAUUAGUUAUCCCAAAAUGUUAAUUUAAGCAUCGUAUCGCACAAAAGCAACGUAACAUUAAGUUGAUGUAUACUG